CAACGCAGGAGUUGACCCUUCAUCUCCUCUGUUCCCUCCCACCACUCAGUCUCCCUCUUCGUUUCCUUUCUAAAAAUGUCGGCGUCAGAUAAGGUCCAGGAGGUGAAGGACAAGGUUGAGGCCAAGGCUUCUGAGACCAAGGUUGCGAGGAAGGUCAAAAGUCCCCGCGACUUUGCAAUCGAUUUUUUGAUGGGUGGUGUUUCUGCCGCUGUCGCGAAGACUGCUGCUGCUCCAAUCGAGCGUGUCAAGCUGCUUGUGCAGAACCAGGAUGAAAUGAUCAAGCAGGGCCGCCUGUCGUCACCCUAUAAAGGAAUCGUGGACUGCACGAUGAGGACUUACAGCGAUGAGGGACUGGUUUCUUUCUGGCGCGGUAACACUGCCAACGUCAUCCGUUACUUCCCCACGCAGGCUUUGAACUUCGCUUUCAAGGACUACUUCAAGUCUCUCUUUGGUUUUAAGAAGUCUGAAGGCUAUUGGAAGUGGUUCGCUGGCAACGUCGCUUCUGGUGGUGCUGCCGGUGCUACUUCCCUCCUCUUCGUCUAUUCACUUGACUACGCCCGUACCCGUCUCGCAAACGAUGCCAAGUCUGCUAAGAAAGGCGGCGAGAGACAGUUCAACGGUCUCCUUGAUGUUUACCGCAAGACGGUUGCUGCUGACGGCAUUAUGGGGCUCUACCGUGGCUUCGUUCCUUCGGUUGUCGGCAUCAUCGUAUACCGUGGUCUCUACUUCGGUGUGUAUGACUCUCUCAAACCGACUGUUCUCGUUGGUGCGCUGGAGGGUAACUUCCUGGCUUCGUUCUUGUUGGGUUGGGGUGUGACGGUUGGUGCCGGUCUUGCCUCCUACCCGCUUGAUACGAUCCGUCGUCGCAUGAUGAUGACAUCCGGUACCGGUCAUCACUACAAGUCUAUGUGGUCUGCCGGUGCGGAGAUUGUCCAGAAAGAGGGCGUCAAGUCGCUGUUCAAGGGUGCUGGUGCCAACAUCCUCCGUGGCGUUGCUGGGGCCGGCGUGCUCGCACUGUACGAUCAGUUACAGAUGCUGAUGUUCGGCAAGGUCUACUCCGGCGGCUCUGGUUGAACGGAUAUAUCCAGUUAACGCCUGGCUUGAACAACGAACGAGUCGACUACAACGUCCUAGAUCAUAUCUUCUACUCCUUUCUACCGUACUGUCUCCUCCCUGCCAUUAUCAUCUGUCGUAUUUUCCUUUUACUCCUGGAUAUACGUCCCCCAAAAAUUACAUACGUCUUUCCCAAACAGCAUUGUGUAG